AUGUUGUCCCCAAAUGAGAAUUGUUUUGCUAAUAUUUCUCAAGAUUUUCUUGUCUGUACCACCAUACACAAAGCCCGUCAAUUGGGUGUGUUUCAAGGUGAGACAUUUGUGCGAGUAACUUUGGAUAAGAUGACAAGACAAACUAAAGUAUUUGCAAAUUCUGAAAAUCCCUAUUUCAAUGAGUAUUUCGUUUUUGAAAUCAAAUGCACUCUGGGCGAACUGUUGCGCUUGACCAUUUUGUAUGAGGUCAAGAGACGUACAACAUGCAAAAGAAAUCCCACUUUGGGCGAACUACUUAUCGACAUGCAAAGCGUUUGGUAUCAACGGAAUCGUUGUUACUUUAAAAAAUGGGGAAGAUUGGAAGCCACCAUUGAACAGCAGACACUAGGGGAAGAUGUCAAUGAUUCUCGAGGCUAUUUGCAAAUUGAUUUGGCCAUUGUCUCACAGGCUACAAAUACACAAACGUUAUUGAGUCCUUACCGGGGUGAGACGGAAGAGAAGGACGAGUCAAAGUCCAUGGCAAAUGUUUGGCAAAUUAACCAUGACUAUGAUGAUAUUGAAAAAAAUCUUUUGGAAAACAUUAACUCCGAUAUUAGAUGUAAUAUACGCUACACUUUGGUCUUUUAUAGGGGGGUCAUGGCCAAGAAAUCGGAUUAUUUAAUACAAUUCAGAUUUCAUCCUUUUAGGGGCAAGACCUUGGUGGCCAAAAAUACCCAGCAUCCUGUUUGGAAUCAGGAAAUCCAAUUUGCCUGGAUAUACCCCUCAUUGGCGCAAACUUGUCUCAUACAAUUGCUGAGUCAUGAACAUUUCCAAUGGAAAUGUGUGGCCGAGCAUGAGGUACACUUUGAGGAAAUCGCCUUCAAUGAUAAACCUUCUUUGGGCCCCACAUUCAUCCAUCUCUAUGACAAUCUCAAUCCCACCAAAUAUGUGGGUCGCGUGUUGCUAGAAAUCCUUUCGGAUUGUCUGGAAACUCUACCCAAACGUCAAUUGUAUGUAAAGGCCAUAACUGCUCUAGAUGAGACACGCUAUUGGCAGGAGGAAACCUUUGUGGUGGAAUUCUUAAGCCUGCAGGGAGAUUUCAUACAUGGCAAUAUAAGCAAUUUGAAAAUUCAAAUAAAAUUUGCAGUCUGUUCCUUUCUAGAACAUAUAUCCAAUAAUUUGGAAUGUCUUCUAAAAACCUAUCCCACACAAAAGCAUGACACCAUUGCCAAAAGCUUAAAAUAUUUUCGCCAAGAAGCUCCCUAUAAGGCCAUAGCAUUGCGUGUCUCCUUGCCAGAUCAUAGCCACAAAUAUGAGAUUGAACGCUUUUUAGGGGAAAUUGGAGAAUUUAUAAAACAACAAUUAGCCAAUUUUCAACAAUUUCGUCUGUUGCUUAAAGGAGGGCACGUACAGGUACAACAGAAAGUUUUUCGUGACAUUAUCUCUGGCAUAAUGAAUGAAGUGAAAAAUGCCUUGACCACCCAUCGCCUUGAGUAUAGGGGACCCAAAGAGCCUACACAAUGGGAUAUUAAGCGUUUACUACACAUGCAGGAUAAUUUGGUAAAAUUUUGGGAUGAAUUAAACGAUUUACGCUCUUGCCUUAAAUCGGCGAAUGUUCGAACAAUUGAUGACGUUUUACAAGACCUCAUACGCAUGGUGCAUAAAUUACAGGCCUUAGGAACUCGGAAUCGGGUGCAAGAUGAAUGGCCCGAUUUGAUUUUAGUUGUAAGCGCUGGCAACAAAGAUAUCGGCUAUUGUCGUUUGAAUGCCAAGAGUUUUCAAUAUCUUGGUACAGGAAGCCAGGAAUGUCCCACAGAUCAGUGUGGGAGAAUACGGAAUUUUAUCUUUAAGGACACUCAAUGCCAACACACUUGCCCUAAUUGUGGUUGCAUAGUAGCCAUAGUUCUAGGCUCUCUCAGUAUUGUCAUUGAGAGAGAAUAUACCGACUUUUUAAAUAAAAUUAAAUCUCAAUGGUUAAAUCCUGAACCCUUUUAUUGGCGUCCCAUAUCGAAGGCAACAAACACUGCCUUCAAAUGUCGCAUAUUUAUUCAUCAAGCCAAGGUGCGUCCCGGUGCUGAUCGCAGUGGCCUAUGUGAUCCCUAUGUAAGAGUAAUGAUCGCGUCUCAUUCAGCGGAAACUCCGGUGCUCUAUGCCACACUAUCACCCAUUUGGAAUUCAGUGAUCUCUAUGGAUUGUGUCACCCUGCCUGGCAGCAUUCAAUGGUAUGAUGCGUACAAUGCACCCUUGGUGGCUAUAGAAUUAUAUGACACCGAUAGAAGAACAGCAGAUGAUUAUUUGGGUUGUGGCACAUUGGCGAUUGCUGUUAUUUCCUUGGAAGCUCAAAGCUUGUAUGAGGAUAAUGCACCAACAGCGGAAAAGGGGAUUGAUGCUCAAAAUGCUUGGGAAACAUUUAAGGCUUUGCCAAAUUUGUCACCGCCUCCUUUAAAAUGGGUGCCUAUAGCUUUGAAUGGUGUAACUAAAGCUGAAGUUCUUAUGUCCGCCGAAAUGGUAGAGUUGGUGUUAGAUGAUAAUAAAAUGGUAAAGGUGAUGACAGAACCACAGGUUUCAGAGGGUAUACCAGCUGCUAUUAAGCCGGUCAUGAAGAAUUAUGUUGUGGAGGUUAUUUUCGCUGGCUUUCGAAAUUAUACCAAAUCUUCGGUAUUUUCGGGAAGACAUCGGGUAAAACUUAUGUUGGCCGAUCUAUUGCUGACCAGUGGUUUAUCAGCCACCCGUUUGAAGGACAGCAUAAAUUUCCUUAUACCCUACGCUUCAGGAGUUGUGAGUUUGCCUGAUCAAUUGGAUUAUUGGCCGGCUAUCAUAGCCACUGAUGUGGUUAUAACCUCCUCAAAGGAUCAGGAAGUCACCCUGGGAGCUGUGCUCAUUGCAAAUAGCAAAAAAUAUUUACAGCAACACAAAGAACUCAAAUGUAUUGCCUUAGGGUCGAGUGAGGAAUCCGAUGGGGAAAUCAACACAGCUCUCAAUAUAAACCCUGAAGAGGACUCUGAAUCUGAGCCUCUGUUGAAAAACACUGAAAAUAUUCCCAGCUUUUGGAGCAGAUUAACCAAAAAUGUCAUUGCCAAACCGCCCGUUAACAAUGAUCCCUAUGGCCUUAGUGAUGUUCUAGACGAAAAGGCCUUUACUUGGUGGACCAAGUUUUACAACUCUGGUUUGAUAGCCUCUGGCCAUCCACUAUCACGUUUCAAACAUAAACUUUGCAUUUAUCACAAUGAAUUGGAGAAACAGGCCGAAUUUAGUCAUCUCAAUGACUGGGCAGAGCCAUUGCAUAUGGUUCAUGGGGUUAGGAGUAAGAGAAGCUCUCUGCCAAAGGAGGAGAUUUAUGCCAUUUUAAAAAUGAAAAUAAAAAUCACUGCCUGUCAAUGGGAUCAUAGUGCAAAUGUGGAUGGAUCCCUGUUAAGACCCAUGGCCACAGCUUUGAAUCCUCUCUAUCAGGCUGAGUUGAAAUGCUUGGGGGAAAUGACUAAAUUGGUGGUUAGAGUUUAUGUUGUACAGGGUCUGCAAUUGCGUCCUAGCCAAAAACAUGCCCAAGCGGACUCUUAUGUUCGUGUACAAUUGGGCCAGCAACAAGUCAUGAAUCGUGCUGAAUAUGUGGCCAAUGAAAGUAAUCCGGUGUUUGGUAAAUGUUUUGAAUUGGAGGGGGUAUUGCCAAGAGAGCAUAUUUUGGAGAUUUCUCUAUUCAAUCGGCAUAGUUUACGUGAUGAGGCAAUUGGCUCCACCUACAUUGACUUGGAAGAUAGAUGGCGCAGCCAGCAUAGAGCCACAGUGGGUAUAGCCCAGGAAUUCUCCAGCUGUGGCUAUAACAAAUGGAGAGAUUCUCGGAAGCCAAAGGAGAUUUUAGAGGAAAUAUGUCAUCGAAAUGGAGUAAAAAUGCCUCGCUUCGACGAUGAUGUAAUCGAAAUUGAUGGCAUGGCUAUAGAAGAUGAGACGGAAAUAGCAACAGAGGAAGAUCUCCACCAGCGUUUGAGUCUUACAGCCCUCAAAAGGCUGCAAGAUUUGCCUUCAUUUGGUUACAAAUUAGUACCCGAACAUGUGGAAACGCGGUCUUUAUAUCGCACUGAAUGCCCUGGCAUUGAACAGUCAACAUUUCCCCUACUCUUUCUAUCUUCGUCUUUGCAUGAAAAAUCAAAUCAAAACUCCCAAAAGGGCAAAAUCCAAUUGUGGCUGGAAUUGUACGAAGGCAACAACAUCAACUUGCCGCCGGUCAUCGAUAUUACACCACAACCUCCAGAAUUGUAUGAAUUACGCCUCGUUAUUUUCGGUGUCAGUGAUGUGCUACUGGAUGAGCGAAACAUUUUUGGCACUGCCAUGAGCGAUAUCUAUGUGAAGGGUUGGUGCUCUAAUCCCGAUGCAGCCCAAACCACAGAUAUCCAUUACCGAUCCCUUGAUGGCGAGGGUAAAUUUAAUUGGCGCAUGGUAUUUCCAUUCAAGUAUUCCAGCAUUGAAGAUAUGAUGGUUGUUAAACGCAGAGCAGGCCUAAUGGAUGAAUACCAAAGCAAACAGCCACCAAUUUUGUUUCUACAAAUCUGGGAUGACGAUAUCAUAUCACAGGAUGACUUUCUGGGUUCGUUGGAAAUUAACCUCUCCAAUUUCCCACAGCCUUUUGAGACAGCCAAGAAAUGUCAAUUAACUCCACAUGAGAAUUUAAUGAGUUCCCUGUUGGCGCAUGGGCCACAAAUGAGUAGGAGACCUGCAAAUGUCAGCAACAACAACAACAACUACUCCCCAGUGAAGUUGAUGAAUAUUUUUCGGCAAAAAAAGGUACGUGGCUGGUUUCCAGUUCGAGGUCAUAUACCUGAAAUGGGCAAUAAGAUUGGUUUGGCGGGAAAAAUCGAAUUGGAAUUGGAGGUGGUGACGGAGAAGGAGGCUUCUUUGUAUCCUGUGGGCUUGGGACGAAAUCCUCCAAAUGCUUUGCCAGAACCCAGCCGUCCCACGAGUUCUUUCAAUCCCUUUACAAGCCCUUGGAAAGGUUUCAAACAGAUUGUUGCACCCAGUUUAUGGAAAUAUUUAUUGAUUAUUGGCCUAUUGGUCUUGCUGGGAUUUGCCAUAUUUUUAUUUGUAAUUUAUUUUCCAAUAUUUUUGGAGACUUGGAGUUUUUAAUGUAUUUCGUUUCCCCCCCAAGAAAAAAAUGAAAACGUCAAAGAACUUA